AAGAGGUCUCCGUGCUGAUUGCCUUCUAUGGAGAGUGCUUAGAUUUGAAGGAAAGACAAAACAAAGACAAAGACAGAAUGAAUGUAAACGAAGUGCUUAAUUUCCGUCUGGAAAGGGGGAACAAAAGAAAGAUUUUGGAUGUUCCUCAAAAAGACGCAAAGGAAAAAAAGAAGAGAGAUCGACCACCUAAAGAGGAAAAACCUGAUGAAGUUGAUAAUUUUUUAAAAAAGAUUUUAAAGAAACAGGAACCUGGUAUACAACAGCCUGCCAGACCAGCAGUUGAGAAAGCAGAAGAAAAGAGAGCACCCCAACUUACAAAGGAGACAGAAAUGAGUGAAGCUGAAAGAGAAAAAAUUCUUGCAGCUGUAGAAACACACCAGGAGGAAGAAACAAUUGAUGCAAGCUAUGUGAAAAGGACAAUUCUUGCUUUUGAGAAGAAAGUGACCAAAAAUUCUGAAAUGAGGAUCAAAUUUCCAGAUCAUCCAGUGAAGUUUAUGGAAUCUGAACUAGACUUGCAUGAUGAGCUUCAAAGGAUGCAUAUUUUAGCUACAGUUCCUCAAUAUUAUCCAAUCAUUGUCAAGCUGAAUGCAGUGAACACAUUACUCGGACUAAUAACUCAUGAAAAUACUGACAUCAGCAUAGCAGUUGUAGACCUAUUACAAGAAAUGACAGAUGUUGAAAACGUAUCAGAUGAUGAUGAGGAAACUGAUCAACUUUUUGAUGCACUGCUGGAAUCACAAGUCGUUGCAGUUCUGGUUCAAAAUUUGGAUCGAUUAGAUGAAUCUCAUAAAGAUGAAGCAGAUGGGGUUCAUAAUUCUCUUGCAAUUAUAGAAAAUCUAGCAGAAUUCAGAUCUGAGACUUGCGGACUGGCUGGAGAACAAGGUUUGAUUGGCUGGCUCCUGAAAAGAAUAAAAGUCAAAGGGUUUGAUGCAAACAAACUUUACACCAGUGAAAUACUUGCAAUUAUGCUACAAAACAAUGAUGGAAACAGAGAAACUGUUGGUGAUUUGAAUGGCGUAGACAUUCUAUUGCAAGCAUUGGCUUACUACAAAAGGCACGAUCCAACCAGCUCAGAAGAAAUUGAAUAUAUGGAAAACCUUUUCAACUGCUUGUGUUCAUCGUUGCUACAUUCUGGAAACAAAGAACUGUUUUUGAAAGGUGAAGGGCUUCAGUUGAUGAUACUCAUGUUGAGGGAGAAGAAAAUGAGUCGAUGCAGUUCCCUUAAAGUGCUUGACUUCGCAAUGACUGGCCCUGACGGAGGAGACAAUUGCAAUAAGUUCAUUGAAAUUUUGGGCUUACGAAGUAUAUUUCCGUUGUUUAUGAAGCCGCCGAAAAAGAACAAGAAGAUUGGCAAUGGACCAGAUGUUGCGGAAGAACACACAAGCUCAAUCAUAGCUUCUCUGUUCAGACAUUCCGUUGGCUCUAGUCGAUCCAGACUUGUUCAAAAGUUUGUCGAAAACGAUCACAUCAAGGUUGACAGACUUAUGGAACUGUAUUUCAAUUACCGAUCUAAAGUCCAAGAUGCAGAUAUGAAAAUAGAGAAGGAGAAAGAUGAGCUAGAGGAGAAAGGAGAUGUCAUUGAUGAAAGUUUGGAGGACUCUUUUUAUUUACGAAGACUGGACGCUGGUCUUUUCACACUCCAGUUGACUGUUUGCGUCAUCAUGGAGGCCUGUUGCUCAGGUGUUUCCUCUAUCAAAAGCAGAGUUAUGCAGGUACUGACGCAGCAUGGAGGAUCGCCAAAGGAUGUUAAGGAAAUCAUGCGUGAAUAUGCCAGCCAUGUUGGGGAUUCCGAUACGAAUGAGAGCGCAGAACUCGAGAAGAGAAGACUGCUAUCGCUAGUGGACCGAUUCUAAACCGGGCAUGUAUCAAGGCAAGUGAAGUGGGUUUGUGGCAGAUAUGGUCGCUAGAUUAUCAGGCUGCCUCAAUGACGUCACACAGGGUAUCUCGCGGCUCAAAGGGGACCUUUUUUAGGAUAUGAAGGCGGACGGCAUAUAAGAAUGUGAAAAAGACAUAAAAUUGUGAA